GCUAACUGGAGCAAUACCAGAUUGGAUGUUGACAAGUACUCUAAUUCGCAUUGAUAUAUCUUACAACAGUUUUAACGCACCCCAUGCACCAAGCGAUUGUUUUACAGGCUUUGCGAAUUUGGUAUCUAGUUAUUCAUCAACAGAUGACAAUUCGAUAAAAUCUUGUUUGAGGAGGAACAACCCUUGCUCUGGGAUACCAGAAAAUCACAACUUGUUUAUAAACUGUGGCGGCCGCAAGAUGAUCAUUGAUGGGAAUGAGUAUCAAGAUGACACUAUCAAUCAAGGAGCAUCAGAUUACCAUUCUUUUGAUGAAGAUAAAUGGGCAUUUAGUUCUACUGGUUACUUUAUGGAUGUCGAAGACCACCCAUACAUAGCGAAAAAUGUGUCUCCCAUAUCCAGCGCUUUCGAUUCUAAUCCUGAAUUGUACAUGACUGCUCGUCUCAGCCCUCUCUCGCUUACAUACUAUGGCCUCUGUCUUCGGAAUGGAAAUUAUACAGUGAACCUCCACUUUGCUGAGAUAAUAUUCAGUGAUAAUAAAGGAAGGCGCUUCUUUGAUGUGUUUAUUCAGGGCAAGAGUGUGUUGAGGGAUUUCAAUAUUGCAAAAGAAGCUAAUGGGACAGGUCGGGCAAUCAUCAAGACCUUCAGUGUCAUAGUAGAUAGCAACACUUUGGAGAUUCACUUGCAGUGGGCUGGGCAAGGGACCACUAACAAUCCUCCUCGGGAAGUGCAAGGAACACUAAUUUCAGCUAUUGCAGUUACACCCAACUUUAAUCUGGAUACCAAACCUAAGUUAUCUAAAGGGGCUAUUUUGGGCAUUGUGGCUGCUGGUUGUGCAGUGACUGUUUUGAUCUCGGUACUUGUCUUCUUUUUGUUGAGAAAAAAAGAUGCUGAAAACAAUGAACUUCGAGGCCUGGAGUUGCACACUUUAAUUUUCACCUUAAAACAAAUCAAAGAUGCAACCAGGAACUUUGAUCCUGCCAAUAAGUUAGGAGAAGGCGGUUUUGGACCGGUUUACAAGGGUGUACUGCCAGAUGGUUCUCAGAUUGCUGUGAAGCAACUUUCUUCAAAGUCUAGUCAAGGUAAUCGCGAAUUUGUAAAUGAGAUAGGAAUAAUAUCUGCUCUACAGCAUCCCAAUCUUGUCAAGCUUUAUGGCUGUUGCAUUGAGGGGAACCAGUUAUUGCUAAUCUAUGAAUUCAUGGAAAACAACAGCCUCGCAAAUGCUCUUUUUGGUCUUGGAAAAGACCGACUAAAAUUGGAUUGGCCAACAAGGCAUAGAAUUUGCUUGGGCAUAGCUCGAGGCUUGGCAUAUCUCCAUGAGGAAACAAGGUUGAAAAUUGUUCACAGAGACAUCAAGGCAACUAAUGUUCUGCUUGAUAAACAUCUCAAUGCAAAAAUAUCCGACUUUGGUCUGGCUAAACUUUCUGAUGAAGAUGUAACCCACAUAAGCACUCGGAUUGCUGGAACUAUAGGAUAUAUGGCACCUGAAUAUGCAAUGAGAGGUUACUUGACAGACAAAGCAGAUGUUUACAGCUUCGGAGUGGUCAUGUUAGAGACUGUCACUGGAUUGAGUAACACUAGCUACAGACCAAAAGAAGACUGCGUGUAUCUUCUUGAUUGGGCUUAUAUUCUACAAGAGCAGGGCAAGUUAAUUGAACUUGUUGACAAGAGUCUUGGUCCAAAUUACUCAGAGGAAGAGGCUGUGAUGAUGUUGAAUUUAGCUCUCACAUGCACCAAUUCUUCUCCAUCUCUCAGGCCUACAAUGGCGGCUGUAGUGAACAUCAUCGAAGGCAAGAAGCCUGUGUCGGUGUUAUCCAUGAUGGACACGGGCUCAAACAGUAAUCUCAGCACUUGGUUUGAGGCCUUUGAGAUACUCUCUGACAACAAUAGCCAGUUAGUGAGCUCAUCAACAUAUCAUGAGCCGUGGAUGGAGCCUUCAGUGAAUACAAAUGUUGAAGAGGAAGAAGACACGUGGAUUUCAUCAACAAGCAGGAUUAUUUCUGAUUAUUCGCAUUGAGCAUUAAUUGAUAGUUAAUUAUGAAUAUGACAGCCAUGACACUGGAUUAACCUAUUAGGCGUACUUGGACAAAUAAUACAUUUCUGAGUAAAAAU